AUGUAUCAGCCUCACUGUGCCAGAAGAUUGGCAAAAGCUCCGCAGUGUGGAGAAAGUCUGAAUGUGAUUUGCGUUGCGCGGGGUUGGACUGGGCGCCUUCUGGGGAACCGGCGGGGCCGAGCCCCCGGAGCGGCGGAGGCCCGGGCCGUGGCCUCGCGCCGCAUCCCCGCACCUCCCCCGCCCCCCGCCUGCGUUCGGGCUCCCCCCCGGGCACGGAGGUCGCGCGCUUGCGUGCUGCGGCCAGAGCGCCCGACCCAGAGACCGGUCCCAGAAAACGCCGAGCGAGUAGGGGGCGGCGCGCAGGAAGGGAGGAGGACCGGGGGCCUGCGGGGUUGGUGGGCGUUCGCGGGUGGAGACGUAGAAGAUGUGACGCCGCGGCCCGGCUGCUGCCAGAUCAGCGGACGCUGUGCCCGCGGUUGCAAAAGGAACCCUGGCGCUGCAGCUUCGGGAGGCGGCCCUCCCGAGCGGCGGCCGCGGAGACACCCAGCCCUCACCCCCAGCUCCCGGGCCGCGGCUCCCCGCGCUCUAGGGCCGGCGGAGAGGGAAGCGGCGAACAGCUUGAGGCUGGGGGCCCGCGGGCGCGGCCGCGUGCCGCGGGGAGGGAGGCUGGGGGGCCGGGGCCGGGGCCGCGCCCCGGAGCGCGUCCGAGGCCGGGGCCGGGGCGCGGCGACUCCCCGCGCGGCUCCAGGGGCUCGGGGACCCCGGCAGGGCGCUGGCGGGGCCAUGGCAGCCGGGAGCAUCACCACGCUGCCUGCCCUGCCGGAGGACGGCGGCAGCGGCGCCUUCCCGCCCGGCCACUUCAAGGACCCCAAGCGGCUGUACUGCAAAAACGGGGGCUUCUUCCUGCGCAUCCAUCCCGACGGCCGAGUGGACGGGGUCCGCGAGAAGAGCGACCCUCACAUCAAACUACAACUUCAAGCAGAAGAGAGAGGGGUUGUGUCUAUCAAAGGAGUGUGUGCGAACCGUUACCUUGCUAUGAAGGAAGAUGGAAGAUUACUGGCUUCUAAAUGUGUUACAGACGAGUGUUUCUUUUUUGAACGAUUGGAAUCUAAUAACUACAAUACUUACCGGUCAAGGAAAUACUCCAGUUGGUAUGUGGCACUGAAACGAACUGGGCAGUAUAAACUUGGACCCAAAACAGGACCUGGGCAGAAAGCUAUACUUUUUCUUCCGAUGUCUGCUAAGAGCUGAUCUUAAUGGCAGCAUCUGAUCUCACUUCACAUGAAAG